AUGUUUGUAUGUGCUUUGUCUGUUAAUACUGGCAGGGCCGUGGCAGGCUAUUUGUGGCUUGCUUUCAUCUGCCGCAAGGUGCAUUUGGGGCUUUAUACUGACCUUAAUGCCUUGAGGCUUCUUCUCCUGUCAAACACAGCUUGGGUGUUGUUGAAACAAAAAAUCAUCCGUUUACGAGGUAUAUCGGAGUCAUCGGAAGCCACUCCUCUACGAACAGGCAAUGGGCGUCCAGGUCCACCACGACCUGGAGCAGACAGUAGCAGUGUCGGGAGAAGCCACUUUGAAUCUCGCAAAUGUCGGAUGUGCAAUGUGCAUGUGGCACCAUGUUCGAUGAAAGUAGCAAGGGAUCCAAAGUCAUCCUCGGGGCUUAUUGCCACUGCUUUCAACCAGUUUGCGCUCUGGGCCCCUAACACUGCGUAG